AUGGAUAUCAUAACCUCCAACACCACAAGUAUGCCCAUCGCUUCCACGCUAUCUGGGUUUACCUUUGAAAACUGGGGCCCAGUAACAACAACAUUUACACCACCAAGCAGCUGCAUCACAGCCUCGAACAAAAUCGAGGUCGGUCCACGUCCCAGCGCAACACACAGUGGGCCGAACAAGCCCAUCUACGCAUACAACCUCCAAUGCGAAACGAUCGGAGGCUGGGAAUGUUACCCCUCCGCCACGGUCGAAGCGAGUACAACGCCUGAUACAAAUCCGACACAGUUCUUCAGGGCGAAUUAUUAUUCGCCGGGUCUUUAUUGUCCGCAUGAUUGGGUGACUGUUGGUCUUGCUUCGUGGGAUGGGGAUGCGGAUAGUACAUCGUUGGUUACGUCGGGGAUUUUUGUUCCGACGACGACCGCGGAGAUUGUUCCGCGGGGGAGGCGUUUCUGGGGAUUUUGGGAACGAGUGAGACGGCUGUUGCUUGUUGUCCGAGAUUACAAACCCUCCUCGGGCUGCAACUGGAUAGUUCCCAAAGCGGAUCAUCUAGGCAUUUCGACGGUAAAGACAAUCAUUAACGGCACGUCUACGACGAGAUAUCUCCAAACACUCGCUGCGACGUCACCCUUCCUUGGACCGACUACGACAACCUUUGAUGCUGAAGAGAAGAAGACAUUGGUCGGCAUGGCUGUUAACCCGAUGAUAACUCUCGUCCAUAAGAAGGCUGAUUUUGAUGCUGCCAGCCCUACUAGUACGAACCAUGCGGCGAGACUAUCUCCAGGCUCAUCUUCUUGGGGCGGGCUUGGCUCCAUGCUUGGUAUUUCCGUUGCGGCGAUGGCGUUGGGAGCUGUUUUCUUAUUUCCGUAG